AUGCUUCAAACGCAGACCCAGCACGUUUUUUCUCAUCAGCAUCAGUACCCGCAGGCUGAUCCCUCGUGGCUGCAACAUCAGCAGCAGCAGCACCACCAAGCCCACCCGCACCAGGCUCAGCAACAGCAGCAUUCUUUGGCCGCCCAACAGCAUGCCCAAGUUCAGGCGGCCGCUGCCGCCGCCGCCGCCGCUCAACAACAACACUACACCCGGAUCGCUAUGGCAGGAAAUGCCGGUGCUGGUAACCCUUCCCAGGGAGCCGGUGCUGGAGGGUUAGGUGGGGAUGGUGCUUUGUCGGGUGCGGUGUCGGUAAUGGAUGGCGGGAUCAGCGAUGAGAACCGCAAGGUCUUCAUCUGGGUCGCAGAACUCCUGGAUCCGAAUCGCAGAGAGGCGGCUCUCAUGGAGCUCAGCAAGAAGAGAGAGCAGGUUCCGGAGCUCGCGCUGGUGAUUUGGCAUUCUUUCGGAGUCAUGACUGCACUACUUCAAGAGAUCAUCUCUGUAUACCCGCUGUUGAAUCCUUCUCAGCUCACUGCCGCGGCCUCGAAUCGAGUUUGCAAUGCGCUGGCUCUGCUUCAGUGUGUCGCUUCCCACAACGAAACCCGCACUCUAUUUCUUAACGCGCACAUUCCCCUUUUUCUAUACCCCUUCCUCAACACGACAUCCAAGUCGCGCCCUUUCGAGUACCUUCGUCUCACCUCGCUCGGAGUGAUCGGAGCCCUGGUCAAGAAUGACUCCUCUGAUGUUAUCAACUUCCUUCUCACCACCGAAAUCAUCCCCCUCUGCCUUCGCAUCAUGGAGACGGGCUCCGAGCUGAGCAAGACGGUCGCGAUUUUCAUUGUGCAAAAAAUCCUCCUCGACGAUAUCGGCCUGGCGUACAUCUGCGCGACCUACGAAAGAUUCUAUGCCGUGGGUACCGUCUUAAGUAAUAUGGUUACUCAACUUGUGGAGCAACAGACUGUUCGACUUCUCAAACAUGUCGUACGUUGUUUCCUUCGGUUGAGCGACAACAGCAGAGCGCGGGAAGCUCUGCGACAGUGUCUUCCCGAACCGCUGCGAGAUGCGACCUUCUCCUCCGUCCUCCGUGAUGACGCUGCCACCAAGCGUUGCCUCGCGCAGCUCCUCAUCAACCUCUCGGAUAAUGUCUCCGACGGCGCACCGGGUGUUGCCAUGUAA